CCUCCCGCCGCCUCCUCCCGCGCGCGGCGGGCCGGGCGGCAGUGGCCGGCGCUGGGCGGCCUGGGCGAGGGCUGCCCUCCCCUCCCGUCCGUCCGUCCCGUUCUCUGCCGGCCGCCGCCGCGCUGCACAUGGCGUAGCCGCGCUGCUGCGCGCCUGCCCCCGCGGGACGCGGCGUGGACGGACCCGCUGCCAGGCAAUUAAAAGUCUGGAAGAUUUGAAUUCAAAACACAGAUUUCAAAGGAAGUAAAUCUACAUGAAGAGCUACAAAGGGAGCUGAUUUGAGAAGACAGAGCAUUUGCAAAAAUGUCUUCAAGUUGUGUGACUUCAGUGUUUGCUUUGAUGAUUUUGUGCUUUGCAGCUGCAGGUCCUGUGCCAAGGAGUGAGUGUGUCUUAUCGCCUGUGAACAAUUCGCACCCAGUCCAUGCCUUACUGGAGAGUUUCACAGUCUUGUCUGGCUGUGCGAGCCGUGGCACGACGGGCCUGCCGCAGGAGGUGCACGUCCUCAAUCUCAGAAAUCCUGAAGAGGGUCUUGGCCAUCACGAGAGAGAGGUCACGUUACAUUUGAAUCCAAUUUCAUCAGUGCAUAUUCACCAGAAGCCUCUGGUGUUUGUUCUCAACUCUCCUUUGCCUCUGGUCUGGAAGCUAAAAACAGAAAGGCUGGCACCUGGAAUCCGAAGAGUUUUCUUUGUGUCUUUAGGUUCCGUUGUUCAGUUUGAGAAGGGAAAUUUCUCUUUGUCAGCAGAAACUGAAGAAAAGCUUUUUCCUGAGAAAAAUGAACAUCUGCUACAGUGGGCCCAGAAGGAAUAUGGAGCAGUAACAUCUUUCACUGAACUCAAAAUAUCAAGAAACAUCUAUAUUAAAGUAGGAGAAGACCAAGUUUUUCCUCCCUUGUGCAACAUAGAAAAGAAUUUUCUCUCUCUAAAUUACCUUGCGGGAUACCUACAACCAAAAACAGCAGAGGGAUGCCUUAUGUCUAACUUAGUCCAAGAAAGAGAAGUUCAUAUCAUUGAAUUAAUCACUCCAAAUUCCAAUCCAUACAGUGCUUUCCAGGUGGAUAUAAUUGUUGACAUUAAACCAUCUCAACCCGGCGCCAAACUUGUCAGAGACGUCGUUCUUAUCCUCAAGUGUAAAAAGUCUGUCAAUUGGGUUAUCAAGUCGCAUGAUGUCCAGGGAAGGCUGGAAGUAAUUACAUCAAACAGUAUUGGUUUUGGAAAGGAAACAGAACGAUCCAUGACCAUGAGUAAAUCAGUAAUACCUGAUAUUCCCUCAUCACAUGAGAGUUUGAUCAAGUGGGCUUAUGAGCAUAACUAUAGUCCAGUUACUUCCUACACAAAAGCCCCUGUUGCUAACAGAUUUCAUCUUCAACUUGAAGAUACAGAAGAGAUGAACGAUGAAGAAGACCAUUCCCUUCCUCCAGAGCUGACAGAAUUGCUGGGUGCUAACCCACUGCCUGCCCCAAAGAAUCCUGCAUUAAGUGAUGGACUGACUUUUCCUUUUCACAUUAACAGAGGAAGACAUGACACAGUGGGAGAAGGAAUCUUCCCAUCCAGGGAUUCAGUGGAUACUUUAAUAAAUCAUGAUUUUGAGCAUUCCCUCUCAAAACAUAAAGAACCUGAAGAGGUUCAGGGCAGUGCUGAUGUGGCCCUGUCAAUAAACUGUGAUGACAAAGUCAUGACAGUAGCUGUAGAAAAAGACUCUCUGCAGGCCAGCGGCUACACAAGGACAGAACUCUCGCUGCUGGAUCACUCUUGCAAAGCCAGGAUGAAUGGUACCCAUUUCAUUUUGGAGUCUUUGCUGAACAAAUGUGGGACUCGGACAGCAUAUAUCUUGAACAAGAUUGUUUAUUUUAACUCUAUUGUCAUUCAACUGUCAUCACCAGCUGAAAGCAGCGGUUUUGAUGAUGACGACAUGGAAUCAGGUGAUAAUGGAUUUCCAGGGGAUGCUGAUGAGGGAGAUGUUACUUUCUCCAGCUGGCCUGAAAUAGCGUUUAAUUGCACGCUGCACCAGCCAGAGGAUGACAGAGGCAUUUUCUGGCCUCCUGAACCACACAUCACCAAUGUGACCUUCAACAUGGAGCUGUACAAAACAGAUCUGUUCCUUGCUCCCACCCAAGGACUCUUCUCCGUUGCUGAGAACGGGCCAGUAUAUGUAGAGGUGUCUGUGACUAAAGCUGACAGAUCCUUGGGCUUUGCCAUUCAAACAUGCUUUGUUUCCCCGUUUUCAAAUCCAGAUAGAAUGUCUGACUACACCAUUAUAGAAAACAUUUGUCCUAAAGAUGAAUCUGUUAAAUUCUACAGCAUUGAGAAGGUGAACUUUCCAAUACCAUAUGCACAAAAGGACAAAAAAAGAUUUAGCUUUGUGUUUAAACCUAUGUUCAACAUCUCACUGCUCUUUCUUCACUGUGAGCUGACUUUGUGUACAAAUAAAGACAAAGAUACUCAAGGACUGCCAAAGUGUAUUUCUCCUGAUGAAGCUUGCACCUCUCUCAAUGUGGAUAUGAUCUUGGCUAUGAUGCACAACAAGAAAACCUUCACCAAGCCCCUUGUUGUAGUAACACAUGAAGGAAAAGCAGAAGAUCCUUCCUUUCCAAAGCCAAAUGUGAGACAGCAACCUGUGUUCUAUGGACUGGACACGCUGACUGUGGUGGGCAUCGCUUUUGCAGCAUUUGUAAUUGGAGCACUGCUAACAGGAGCGCUUUGGUUCAUCUACUCCCGCACAGCAUCUGACCUUGGCUGCCUGUGGAUUAUGGGGUAUCUCAAGAUCUUUACAGCAUACUGGACUCCCAGCUACUUCCACUUUUGACCUUGGAAGACCCUGCCAAGAUCUCUGGGAGGUGGGGAGAAUGUGAGGUCAAUUACUGCAAACCUUUGCAGCUCUGGAGCACUGGAGUUCUCCCAUAGCCCACUGCAGGGUUUUUUUUGGCAUCUAAAACCUUACGGAAGCUAUUUAGGAGUGAGAAUCCUGCCCUAUUGGGUCAGAGCUUCUGUAAAUAUUAUGACCCAGGAGUUUAGGCUAAUUUGGAAAAAAAAAAAAAAACCCAAAAAAAACCAACAGCCAACUGUGGGGUUUUUUUCAGUUGGCAGUAUAACAACUUUGUAUAAGCAAUUCUAAUACUUCUCAAUGCAUCAGCUGUGUAUGAAGCUUGUUUGGAAUUGAGGCUGAUGUGGAACAUUUAAAGGUUGUGAUAAUAUGUAUAAAUAGUAUAAUUCUGCCUCAUAUACUACUGAAACAUUGUGGAAGAAAAGUGCGUUCAUUUUCAAUGAGUAAAUGUAUAAGCUAAGAAGGUAAUUUCCAAACAGGUAGCAUUUGUCAACAAGAAACUAAAACAAUUGUUAAAUUAAUACCACUGGCCCUGCGUUUGUGGAAGUUCAAUCUCUGUUCUUAUACAGAACCAUCUAUAGACACGUUGUGUGUCAGUAGUCAAGGAACACUGGGAAGCCAACACAAUAAAUCCUUCAGCAACAAUAGGACUUGGACCAAUCCCAUUAAAAGAAUAAUGUUAACAAAUUCUGUCAGUCACAGAGACCAUAUACAAAUAGUGGAGAGGGCAGCUGCUAUGGUUUUGUGUUUGAGAGAUGAGAAUAAAUGGAAAAAAAAGGCCGUACAAAAAGUAAUAAAUGAGAAGAAAGGAAGGGGAUGUUGUGACUCAUCAGAUCAGAGAAUCACAGAAAUGAUAAAAAAAUAUCUAGGAAGUUAUCUGGUUCAGAUUUUCAAAGGAUUGUGAAAGUGAACCACUGUUCUGUGCACGUUAUUUUUCUGCGCAUAUUAUCUUGUAUCUGCAAAGCACAACUUGAAUCAGACUGCAGUGAGGGCUCUGGUAGGCACAGUCUCUUAGAGGACAACUCUGUGGCAGACGAGAUAAUCCAGCUGCAGUGAAAACAGCUGGCUGCAGACUUUUGUUAAAAUAAGGAGGCAAAAAAAGAGAUAAUCUAGAUUUCAUCUACAGAGUGGCUGGUUUUUUGCCAUUAGAUAAUUAAUGCAUUGCUGAAUUGUGUUCUGAAAUCUCAUCUUUGGUUAUAAGUAGAACUGGGUUUUGAACACAUGAUUUAGACCAAAGGUUGGAAAACACAAGAUCACUCUAAAACUGCCUUUUGGUGAUAAUCAAGAGCAUUGACAAAAGUUACUGCUGAUGGAGAAUGGCAACUUGGGAUGUGUGAAGUAAGGUAUCUUUGUUGCCGUAGUGCUCUAUGCAGUACAGCUAAAGGCCACCUUUUUGCCAGUAGUAAGAAGGUUUGCCAAUACACUUUUAUCAGUAGGUCUCUGUUGGCAGACUCAUUCUAGCUUGAAGGCAGCUUUACAUGAAUGAGCUCUUCUGUUCCUUUUGAUAGGCUGGUAACAUUAAAACCUCAAACAAUUGGUAGCAGAAAAGAACUACAAAAUAAGCAGAAUGUCAUCUCCAAAUACUGAACAAGGAUUGUUGUGUUGAAUUUUUUUUAUGUAGGGCUUUUGUUGAUUGCAGCCAUGAAAAAUUUCUGCCAAAACAUCAAAAUUAUGCCUUAGAAUACUCUAGAUUCUCUGCAACAAUUCAACAUGGAGUACAGAUGUUCUAAGAUACACAGGUAGUAAGGAAAGAGAGAGGGGUAGAUAGGAUUAUAGCAACAGAGGAGAUACUUUAGCUGGCUUCUGCAGAAGGACUCUGUACUUUUGAUCCUUUCUCCAGCCAGUUAAAGGACAUGAAAGGUAGCUGAAAUCUUUCCAUAGUGAUGUUGGUCCUGCUGGGAGAGAACCCAAGAACAAAGGCAAAAGUAGCAGAGAUUUGCCACAAUUAACGCAAUUAAACCAAUUACCUGGGUGUCUUGUGAAGAAGCAGAAGUUUUGCAGUGUGCAUGGAUGCAGAAACCCUUCAAAAUUUAACCAUAUAAAAAUACCUAUCAAGGUAAUGUCUGUCUUAAUAGGGAUAGUUGACUGUGUUUGGGAAGGGACAUGCACAAGUGGCAAUUAGUUAAUGAGACUGCUAAACCAAGUAAACUGUAUUACAGCAAGCGUCGGUGGCUUCAUUCUCUUAGAAAGCGUGCUUUCCUUCUCCAGGCAGUGUUGCAAGUUAAGAGGAUAAAAUGUUCCAAAAUCUGAGAAGUUAAAAGCGUCCCUCCUCCCCCACUUCUCCCUUUUUAUGGGAUCUGAUUUAAAAUAAACUGACAUAGCAACCAAUUAUAUUUGGCAAAUGGAGAUAGAAAAGCAAACAUUCAGACUUCCUGGACAGGGAGUACAGCUGGCAGCUUUCCUAAGUGUGAAUAAUAAAGUGCAUGUUGUCGCAUUCAGAUGGGUAAAAGCUUGUUUACUGUCAAUAGAUGAGACAUGUCCAUUUUGAGUAGUUCUGGUUCACUAACAUGAGAUACAUGAAGCUGUUUACAUGAAAAAGACAGAUGGGGAAUGCCUCUUCAGUGAUACAUUUCUUUAUGUCCUUUUCGUGAAUAUUCUUUAAAAAACCUUUGCUACAGAUUAGCUAGGUGUUGAGGAAAUAAAACGCAGGAAAAAUCAGCCAGCCCAGAUGCAGUUGCUAGACUGUGUUUCAUAACAUCACCGUGAUUUGGAUCUUUUUUUCCUUGAGGACAUGGAGAAUUUGUCGUUGUUCAGCAAGCGAUUGUGGUGUCUCGGAGCUGCUGAUCGUGCUUUAGAGAUGAGGUGCUGCAGAGGCAGUGGUAUUACAGCAGAGGGAAAGGGGCUCCCAUCCCAAAUGGAGGGGAAGGUGCCUCUUAAGGCGCUUUCCAGAGGAGCUGGGAGGAGCAGAGCGAGCUGCUGGGCUCGCACAGGGACCCUGACACUGUGCUUGUCACUUUGCCAUUAAAUAAAAACAACAUGUGUUUAGCUUAUAAAUGAAUUUACGGUUAAAUGCAUACAGAUUGUAUUGACAUGCCGAGGCUGACGCAAAGCCGUGUGUAAUCAUGUGGUUUGUAAAAUGGGUAACAGAGCUGCAAGGGAGGGCGCGGGGGCCGGGGGCCCGGCCGGGGGAGCCCAGCAGAGCCGCUGCAUGGCUUCUGGCUGCCGGCGCAGGGCUCGCCGUGCUCUCGUGUUUGUGUUGGCUUGUUUUGGUUUCAUGAAAGGGAGUUUGCUUAUCACUGCCUUUAUAAAUAUAUCCCGUAGUACAAAAGGAAGGAAGACUUGUACACAAACAACUGGAGGAGAAGGGAGCAAGGCGGGAGGGAGGGCAUCCAAAGGAGGCUCACCAAAGCUUUUACAGCAGGGUGACACGGAUAUUGAUUUGAUACAGUUCUUUCUGAUGGGUUGCAAAGCCAUUUCUAAUGCGAAUUAGAGCUGAAACUCAGUUUAUUUGUGGGUGACGGGGUAGAUUCUGACCUGCUGCACAUGAGCAGAAAACUGCUGCUUGUGGAUGAGCUCCGUAGUUAUUUCUUACACUGAGAAAAAAACAAUCAAAAUCUGCUCACAAGAGCAAAUGCUGGACUGAGUGCUGAAUUCAAGAGCAAGAUCCUCACCCUCUUUUUAAACAUCUCAUUGGCCUCCUGGGUGAUGUGGUUUAGUAGUUUGUUGUUUUUCUGUCCUGUCCCAUCCCUUCUUUCCUCCCCAUUCCUAAACCAGUGGGGUGUAAGGCAAGAGCUGCGCGUUCUGGGGCCCUACGUGCACUUACAGCUGUGGCUGCAGCCAGCUAGCAGCAAACCUGCUGGUUUCCAUUUACAAAGAGCACUUGCAGCCUCUGCUGUGAGAAAUCCUCAGGCCUCCCUUGUCCGUAGCAGUCCUCCGAAUGCUGAGCAGCCUGCAGAAGGACAUUUUCUGGCCCAAGACACAAAGUGUUAAAGGCAGACUUCCUCCAGCCCAGCCGCAUUCCGAGAAGCUCAGGGCUCUGGCAGCUGGGCAGCAGCACACAGGGCAUGGGGACGUGCCAGAGCAGCUCCUGCGGGAGGAAGCUGGCUGUCCCUGCUCUGUAACCCUCUGGAUGCAGGCUGUGCCUCCAGCCUUCAACCUGUCAUGGAAGCAAUCACUGAGGAACAGGAGCUCUACCAAAUCCUGAGCAGUAAGAAGAAUUGGACUCUGCAGACCUGGCCUAUGGCAUCGAGUUUUGGAUAACCCAAGGCAACAUAAAGCAGAGGAUCCGUGUCACUAUAAACUCAUGAGCCAGGAGAUGUACCAGCCUUAGAUUUUUCCCAGUCCUUCCUGCCCGUGAUCCGACAAAACGUUUCCAUCUUGCUCCUUUGCUGGGAAAGCAGCCGUGCUGAUGCUGGUGCUGGCUGCCAUGGUCAGGCUGCAGCUCAGGCAGCAGCAGUCUGUCUGUGUUACUGCGCUGAGAUCACAGGUUCACAUCCUGAGAGAUGAGCUCAAGGGAGGGGGCAGCUACAGUGCACGUUAUAUAAACUUAAUCUUGCCAUCUGUUUUGAAGAGACUAUUUUGUAAUACUGCUAAGGUCGUAGAGCUGAGCACCGUAACUUAAAAAUUGCCACAGUUAUGGUUUCCUACGUGGCCUCGUUAUGAUCUUUUGGGCAUUCACAUAAUGGUGCGAUUUUUUACUUCCAUGCUGGUUGAGAACUGGAUUUUUUCCAUAGGAAAACAGCCACAGGUGCAGAAGGGGGUGUGAGGAGAGCCGACAAAAAUCUAGGUUUUAUCAGGAGCCAUAAAUCUAGCUUUAACUCCUAGUGCUUGAUUUGGCAAUCCAAAUGACAAAGGACUUUUAAUUUAUUGUCAGCAAACAAUUAAUAAGAAAUGGUGACACUUGUUCUCGCUACAGGGUAUGCACUACACAUACUGUGGUAGCUAUAGGGGAACUUCCUGCAUGUUAUAUUUGGUAUAAAUCAAGUCAAGCUUGCAGGGUAGGGUAGCCUGUUGUUUUUCUACACGAAGAAAACUGGCCAUGUCUCAGGCUAUGUGGCAUCCAGCUGAUGGAAGAACAUUGUCUUCAGCUCCACUUUUAGUAAAUAUGCUGCUCUAUAAACUGGCAUUAAAACAAAAGCCUACAUUUCAUUGGCUUUUUUCCAUGAAACAGCAAAGCUAUAACGUGGUCUGAGUCGUGUGACAGGACCCAUUUGAGUGACAGCUGACAACAGAAGAUGGACAUUGUCUAUCUUGGCAGUUUCCAUCAGCUGCUUGUAAAAUGCUUAAGAAAACAGCUGUAUUAUUUUCCCUGUGUACAUAGCAAGGCUAAGGUGCCAAAGUCUAGUAACAUUUUCAGCAGUACUCCGUUUGAGGUCUGUCACCCAAGAUACUAAGUGCAUGGAAAUACAAACCACCAGAAGAGGAAUAGUGGGAAGGAACGGAUUAUUGUUUACUAUGAUAACUAACGUUUUCAAUUUCCCUUCUCCCAACCCCACUUUUUCUCCCCCCUCUCC